AUGCCCGACGCCCCUCUAGUGAAACCUCUAGAGGGAGCAUUCCUCCGGGCCCUCAAUGGCAAUGACGACCCACCAGACAGUGUCCUUGUACGGGCGCUCAACAGCCUGACCAAAACCAACUUACUCAGUACGCGAGUUCUCGAGACAGUUAUCAGCUCAUACGUCGACAAGUCCCCUAUCCCGACACGUUACACACCCACAACCGAAGUACUGAGAGUCAAAAAGCAGUUGGCCAUCGCGAUCGGUGCACUGUCGGAGAUCUUGGAUGCACAGGAUGCUGAAGCUGAUACGCGCGUGGCCAGUGCACUGUCGGAGAUCUUGGAAGCCUUCGAUGCCAAAGCUGAAGCUGAGGCCGAGGCGCGCGUCGCGUUGGGCAGUCUCGGCCAAGCGUUUGCUGUGGACCUAGACCUCACCAAAUCACUUCCCGAGAUCAUCGCCAGCUUGCAUCGAACACUUGCUGCCGAUGCUUCUCGGUCGUCUGGCAAAGAAGGUCAUUCUGGUAGAGAAGGGUCUCACGAUGCUGCUACACUUGCGGCUGAGGGCAGAUUUCAAGGAGAUGCCGAGCUGGACGACGAUGAUGAUGAUGAUAAUGACGCGGUCACAGUUGUCGAGGAAGACGAUGCUGCUCCGACUGAGUCUGCAAUGGAUGGGCUUCAGGCACCACCAUCUAAGAAGCAGAAGAUAGUCUUGAAGGUUGGCGGGCAGCGAAAGGUAGCAACUACGUCAGCAGAGGAGCAGUCAAAGCAGCACAACACUCGGAGUCAAGCCACCAAGAGCGACAACAAUAGCGGUCAUAGUAUUACCACAAGCAAGAACAAAGCACCUGCUAGGAACGCCAGCACGGAGGCUAACCCAACCGCUGGAAACGCCGAUGUUCCAACCAGAGACACCAAGGGCGCAACACAGACACGCGCUGGCCGAAAGAUCAAAGAACCAGAGCGAUUCGAGGGUGGUCCUGAAUCUUCCAAACCUGCUCUGCCUGACUUGCCUGUGAUCAUCUAUCGCUUCCUCGCACUUGACAAUGGCGCCAAGUUCCAGCUCCUGAAAGACACGAAAGUCACUUCACGCGAGAUGCAGACACACAAAACUCUCUUCGAUGCAGUAAUGAAGCGGACAAGCAAUUCAAGCCUGCAAGAACUAGAGCUUACAGCUUACAAGGCGCAAGACAAGCUCACGGAACUGUGGCUACCGAAGAAUGGUGAGAAGAGGCUUGAACAAAAACUCGUACACGAGGGGUUCAAGUCUCAUGCUAAGUUGCGUCAACUGAGCGCCACCUUGCGAAGCCAGGAAGAGAAGAAGGCCAAGGGAGUCCUCCUCAGUGAAUCAGAAUUGGAAGUCCACCUCAUCCUCCAUCGACCCGCUGAGCUCGCUCAAAUCGAGGCUCUCUUCGCCGAACGCAAGUUUCCGGUAACGGACGUGAAAGGUGGAGGGGACGACGCAGAAAACAGCAGUUCGCUGAGAAGCAGAAGCGUAUUCGGGGUCAUGCACAAGCAAGCCUCAUCAUCAGCAUGGGUCAUUGCUAGGCAAGGCCGAUCGACAGAAACGCCAGAAACAGCGACAAUUAGAUCGGGAACGGCAUGUGCGUUGAUUAUGAGCUGGACGCCAGCGCACACGACUGCAAUCGAGUCGCAAGGAAGGCUCUUCGGCUAG